CUACUAUCAUGUCCAACCUAGCGCCCAUUAUAUGUGAUAAUGGGACAGGGUACUCGAAAAUAGGGUUUGCCGGAAACUCUGAUCCUUCCUUUGUAUUCCCGACUGCGAUUGCUACUCGUGGUACUGCUGCUCAAUCGUCUCGUGCACCAGCUGUUCCGUCUAAACCCGGCCAUCUUGCAUCGAAGCGUGGUGUUGAAGAUCUCGACUUCUUCAUCGGCGACGAAGCCCUAGCAAAUGCAAAGACGCCUGGAUAUAGUGUCCAUUAUCCUAUUCGUCACGGCAUGAUAGACAACUGGGACUACAUGGAGCGUUACUGGGAGCAGACCAUCUUCAAAUAUCUCAGGGCCGAGCCAGAAGAUCACCAUUUCCUUCUAACUGAACCUCCGCUCAAUGCUCCAGAAAAUCGCGAACAAACUGCCGAAAUCUUCUUUGAAUCAUUCAAUAUCAAGGGUUUGUAUAUAGCUGUGCAGGCUGUGCUCGCCCUCGCCGCGUCCUGGACGUCCAACCGGGUCACAGAUCGUACUCUUACUGGUACCGUCAUUGAUUCUGGAGAUGGCGUUACUCACGUUAUUCCUUGUGCCGAAGGAUAUGUCAUCGGAAGUGCUAUCAAGCAUAUCCCUAUUGCAGGAAGGGACAUCUCACAGUUCGUGUUGAAUCUCCUUCGGGAGCGGGGAGAGAUGGCUACUGUCCCUCCGGAGGAUCAGCUCAAGGUCGCGGGGAAGGUGAAAGAGUCGUACAGUUACGUGUGCCAGGAUAUCGUCAAGGAAUUCCGAAAAUACGACGCGGAGCCAUACAAGUAUUUUGAGAGGUAUGAUGGUGAACAUAGUGUCACUGGAAGGAAAUAUGGCAUCGACGUCGGUUACGAACGUUUCCUUGCGCCCGAAAUCUUCUUCAACCCUGAAAUAUUCUCUUCGGACUUUUUGACCCCCUUACCGGAGAUCGUCGACGAUGUCAUCCAGCAAUCUCCCAUCGACGUCCGUCGAGGUUUAUACAAGAAUAUCGUACUUUCCGGUGGAUCGACGAUGUUCCAGCACUUUGGAAAUCGUUUGAAGCGUGAUCUGAAGCUACUCGUUGAUCGACGCUUGGAUGAGAGUGUCUUAGCUAGCGGGAGCGUUUUAAAGUCUUCCGGUGUGGAAGUCGAUGUUAUCUCUCAUAAACGACAAAGGUAUGCUGUAUGGUUUGGCGGCUCUUUAUUGGCAUCUCUGCCGGAGUUCUACACCUCUUGUCACACGAAAGCACAGUAUGAUGAGAUUGGACCAAGUAUUUGCAGGAGAUACCAGAUUUUUGGAACAGCUACAUGA